AUGGUGGACUCGGAAAUUGUCCAAGAUGACCUGUCGAUUCCAAUUAUCAAUUUUCUAUGCGAUAAGGUUCUCCGUAAUUACACCAUUAAUAGGGAGCUCUUGGACAAUUGGCGGGCAGAAUUACUGGAUGUAGCCAGAAAUCAGAAUGAGUUAUCGGAUAUUGUUUCCGAAGAAGUUUUACUAGCACCACCACCUCGAAAUACUGCUCCCUUUAUUGACAAGGAUGACUUGAAAGGGUUUCUUGAUAUGCUAGAUUCUCCUCAAGGUAUCGAAUAUCCUAUACUUCGUAUCGUAUUGUUUGAAAUACUAGUAUGUGCAAGUACUGUAUCAUUCACUGUCAAAAUUGAGCUUUUUAGAAGCGGGUUUCAUGAGCUAUUUGCUGCAAGUUUGUUCAAAUUGGAUCUUGCAAAUGACAAAGUUCACCCAGAAGAAGUCCACUGUCUCAUAUCUCAGCAUGUGAGAGUAUUGGUGGCGUACGCUGAACUUGGAGGCGACUUUACUUAUUUAAAGCAACUUAUGGCCCCAUUGGUUGGAAAAGUUGACUCGGCCAACCAUUCCUCAUCAACUUUCCAUAUAACUCUUUUGAAAAAAAUCCUCUCAAAUUCAACUUCCAACAUACCUACAUUGGUAUUUAACGAUUAUGAAAAACAGCCCAUAACAAUCCCGUUUGCUUCAACGAGCGAAAUUCUGCAUUGCUUCACAAUUCAAUUCUGGUUCAAACUCGACAGCUUUUGCAAUAAUGAAAAGUCUGAUGAUACUAGAAGCAUAGUCUUGUUUCAACUAGCGCCCUCGUCCGCAGAGGAUGCCGGACACACAGUAAUGAUAAAGUUACUUUUGGACAGUGAAAUUUGUUCUUAUCAGCUAGUGGUUGACCUAUAUAACAACGGUAAUCAAUCUGUGAUACUGUUCCCAUUCAACCAAAAAUUCACCAGCAACGGAGCUGAUAACGACUUUAACCAUAUUGCCAUAACCUACGAUCCUUCACAGCGACUCAGUCUUUUCAUAGAUGGCGACUGCAGCGAGUACAUUCCCUGUCCUAUACUUCAGAGCGCUGCUGGCGGAUGGAAAAAACUAUACAUUGGCUCGACCCAAAAUGAAUAUUGUCAUCCUAUAGGACAAAGUGAGCUCAUAGUACGCAAUCUAGCUGUGUUGAACAUAGCAUUGAACCACCAAUGGAUCGCAUUUUUACAUGCAAUUGGAUUUAAUUAUGACUGGAGUUACAAGGAUUUGUCGCUGAACAAUGUUUUAAGUCUCAUGAAUGAAAUUCAAGGUCAAAGAUUCGUGGAUUUUGCUUCUAAGGUAGCAGAAUUGAGAGUUAAAGAGCACUAUCGAGACAACUCAGGAAAGCAAAGAGCUCACAAACAGGUCCAAGAUGGCUCUAUCGACAGCCGUAUACGACACACACGCCAUUUAAUGCAGCAAACAUUCCGAAACGAGAAUGUACUUCUUGACUUUAAUGGCAGUCGCUUGAGUGAUUUGGAAGCUCCUAAGUAUUCAAAGAUCGUUGUCCACAAAGCAAAAAGUCUCACAAGUUCUUUCUACAGUGUGGGAGGUACGUAUUUCCUCCUCAGGUUAAUUGAGAAAGAGUCUCGGAAGCCUGAAGCUGAUUUAGCAGCUGAGGAAAGUGCGUUUUUCGCAGCCAUUGAAUUGCUCUUUUCCAUCAUCAACAGAAACUGGCGUAUAGCGAGAGAGUUCGAAAACAUCAGCGGCUACGGUAUUUUAAGCAUCCUUCUCUCCAACGGAAUCGAUAACAGAAGCGAAAAAGUGAAAGAAAAACUAAUUCUGUGUAUCCUUAAACACUGUGGAUAUUCCAACGCUGGCUCACCGCUUUUAACGAACCCCCAAAUCUACCGCCAUUUGAUACUCAAUGCCGAUCAUAUCUUUGCAGGAAGCGGGACUUCGUUGCAAGUUUUUUUAAAGCACCUCAAUUCCAUGAUUAGUGGGGGAGAGUAUUGUCGGUGGAACUUGAUUGAACUACAGAAACUUAAAUUACUCCGCAAGUUGGUGCACAUCUUGAAAGCUUCGAUCAACUCGGAUGGCUGUGCUGAGUUAUCAUCUGAGACCAUGGCUGAGUUGACAAGAGUGGUCAAGAAUAUCGUUAUAGUGGACUCCUCCAUUGAGAGCAUACGAGCACUUUCAUUAUUUGUUGUAUACUUGUUGAUUCCUUCUGAACCUAUAACUCCCAGAAACAUGGCACAAGAAGACGAAGAGAGCUACAUUGAUAUUUCAAGAACUGCGCAGCAUCAGAUUGGCCUAGAAAUUCUCAAUCUGAUGACAUCUGUGUUAUGUGAAAGGACAAGACUGCCAAAGAAAGUCAAAAGAUUUUCUCGUGCUAUUACUUUGCACUGGAUUCUUUUACUUCUUGGCUGCAACAAUACAUCCCAGACUAACGAGGGGGUGGUUAAGUGUGCUAUGAAACUUUUCGCUAAACUUCUCCGUGCUCUUGGGCCCAAUGUUCAAAAGAGAUUCUUUCAAGGAAGUCACGGCAAAGAGGUGUUGACUUACUAUUUGAAAGAUUGGUGGUCUAAUGACGAUAUUGUGAGAUUGCUCUUCAAGUUGUCUUUCAGUGAAGAAGCUUUACUGAAAGAUUCUGAUUAUGAAAAUGAGUCUAUCAAUCUGAUAAUUGAAGCAAUUGCUUCGAAAGACCAGCCUGAUGGAGUCUUAGCCCUACCGCAGCUUCUUCUAGUACUCAACAACGUGAUGCUCAAUUCCAUGAACGUUCUCAGCAAAGCCAGUGGAAAGUUAUUGAGCGCUCCCAAUUCACCAAGGAAGUCAAUAGUCAACACUUGUAAUAAUGUUGAAGUUUCUUUGAAUGUUUUGCACUUGUUAAACCAAAUGCCAGACGCUAUAAGAAACGGUUUCAGAAGAAUACCAGCUCUUGCGCAAGUGUUCACUAGCGCAGAGUACUUGGAGGGUGCCUUUGAGCUUCUUGCACACUUGAGGCUUUCACUAACUUGGAUUAACAAGGAUAUCAGAUCGAGUUUCGAAUCUUGUUACAAAGCAUGGGUGGAAGUGUUGACGGAAAUCUUCUUUUCCAAAAUCAAUGAUUCAAAGAAUUUGCUUGCAACUUUGCGGUCGCUCAAUGACAUAACUAGGCAAAUAGCAUUGGACACUAUAUUCCCCAGCAUCAUUGGCCACAUUGAACAGUUUGUGAACAGCAUAGACAAAAACAGUUUUGAUGCCAGUGUCAUUGAUUUUGUUGAAGGAUCACUGACUUGUUUGUGCUACUACUUCAACAACUUCAUUGGAAGAAAUUACUACGUCAGUGGAGAGACAACUGAUUUGUUCACUAAAUGUCUCGUAUCGGUGGUAGAGCUCGUUGAUUCUGCUCCUCAUCAAUUGCACAAACUUUCGCUUUUGAGCAAGUUAAAAUCGUAUCUUGGCCAAAUUAUUGUCAUGAGAGUUCUAGAGAUCGCAGAGUGUACAGUUGGUAACGAAAGACAAGACGAAGACGAGUAUCUGGCUAACAAAGAUUUGGAAGAAGAAUUGAACUCUGUGUUGAAGUUUCUUCUUUAUCGACAAACCACCGUCUUUCAACAAGAAGUGUUGAACGAUGUUCAGUUGAGCAGAAUUAUCACGCUAAUAUGGGGGACCUACUUCAAGUUUCCGAAAAGUGAACAGAGUGCGGUAAUGGAAUAUACCAUCAGUUUUAUGCGCACCUCAUACAUGCUUACCAUGGAUAGAUUUGACCGGAUUGUUCGUGAGGCUACCGUGGAGGGCCAGCAAGAUCGCCAGCUGAUCGUGAUAGAAUUUUACCGAGCUUUGAUGUCUCAAAAUGACUCCGAGUCAAUGAAGAGUAUAAAUCUUCCCAAGGUUAAAAGAUUCUUCAUGUCAAAAUUUUCGUUAAUUGUCAGCCCUGAAGACCAAAGGUCUGGUGCCAGCCGGCUCAAAGUCAUGGAUAUGAUGAGCGUUAUGCUUCACAACGGAAGCUCCUUGGGACUAAACGACAGUGGAUACUUGGACAUUUUUGUCCGUGAUUGUGAGAGACUCAAGAGCCUGAUAAUCCAUACCGAGACAUUAAAGUACAACCGAACCAUUCAGGACAAAGAAGAGAAUUCUCAGUUUUUCAUAACCUCCUACAAUAGUUACAAGACAGAGUUUACAAGGCUCUUGGGUGACAGUCGACGCCAAGUUUCAAGUUACUCGUUGGACUAUAUUGAGAACAACGAUAGUAUGCGCAAGAGAACUAUACUCGAAGAGCACCUUUCUGAGUCGGAAAGACUUUCUUAUAAUCUCAGCGUGCCCACGAAAGAACUCCCUCUUAAAGACCAAGCACUCACCUAUGAGCAAGCAGUCUCUGGACUCAGCUCCAUGGCUCUUUCAACAGAGGUGGAUGAUACCAACGACGCCGACGACUACGAGAUAAUCAAUGAUGAGGAUACCGAUGAAAACACUGACUUUGAUGAUCGCAAUCGAAGAGUCUUACGAAGCCUCUACAUGGGAGAUCAAAUUGUUGCGCUCUGGAAUGUGAGCCAGAUUAACGGUUUGGCACCUAUCGAGAGCUUGAUGAUUCUAGGCAACACCCAUAUAUACUUGAUCGAAAACUACUUGCAUUGCGCCGAUGGAACGGUUGUCAAUGCCUCGAAUGCUCCACCAGAGCUCAGAGAUCCAUAUUUGCAGCUCAUCAACUCACAAUCGUCUUCCGCCAAGAUGGAGCACAAACUUCACCGAAACAAGAAUUGGAGCUUGGAGAAACUAAGUUGCGUUUCCAAGCGACAAUUUUUGCUUCGGGACGUGGCCAUGGAGAUGUUUUUCAGCGACGGAGCCAGUGUCUUGGUUACUUGUCUUUCCAAGAAAGAUCGUGAUAGUAUCUAUUCCAAGCUACUGUCGUUGGCUACUGGGGUUGGUUUAGAUUCUGAUCUCACCAAGGCGCUCAAUUCCAGUAUCUUGCACCACAGCACCAGCAACUCCAAUACUGGCUCUUUCUUUGCGUCCAAAUUCACCCUGGCUUUCGCCAAUAUGAAUGUCCUUGAAGCUACGAAAAAAUGGAAGAUGGGAGAGAUAUCCAACUUCUACUAUCUCAUGAUAAUCAAUACGAUCGCUGGAAGAACCUACAAUGAUUUGACCCAGUACCCCGUGUUUCCUUGGGUAAUUUCCGACUAUACCAGCGAAACAUUGGAUCUUCUGAAUCCUGCCUCGUUCAGAGAUUUAUCCAAGCCAAUGGGCGCUCAAACCCAGCCACGAGCAAACCAGUUCAAAGAGCGGUACGAGGCUUUAGAAAGCUUGAAUGACAAGCAUGCUCCACCGUUCCAUUACGGAACCCAUUAUUCUUCGGCUAUGGUGGUGACAUCGUAUCUCAUUCGACUUCGACCUCAUGUUCAGUCGUAUUUGCUUUUGCAAGGUGGAAAAUUCGACCAUGCCGAUAGACUAUUCUACUCAGUUGAAAAGGCUUGGAACCUGGCUGCUCGCGAUAACACCACAGAUGUCAAAGAGCUCACGCCCGAGUUCUUCUACCUUCCUGAGUUCUUAGUCAACUCCAAUAAUUUUGCGUUGGGAAACCUUCAAAAUGGAACCUCGGUCAACGAUGUGCUACUACCUCCAUGGGCCCAUGGUGACCCGAAAAUAUUUAUUGCAAAGAACAGAGAGGCUCUAGAGAGCUCCUAUGUGUCUGCAAACCUCCAUCUUUGGAUCGACCUCAUCUUUGGCGUCAAGCAAAGUGGACCUGAAGCCGUGAAAAGUCUCAAUGUAUUUCACCACCUCUCAUAUAAUGGAGCUAUUAACAUCGACAAUAUUGACGACGAAACCGAAAAAAGGGCAGUUAUCGGAGCCAUCAACAAUUUCGGCCAAACUCCAAUGAAACUAUUCAGCCGUCCUCACCUUGCCAAAGAGGUACUCAACGUUCCAAGCUUGUACAUGGUGAUAAGCUGCGUAAAUGGACCUCCCAAGCUUCUGUUUGAGUCUAAACUCAGCUUGCCAAUAAAGAAGCUAGAGUGGAGCACCAAGGGCAACAAAUGGGUGGGGAGACCGGCUUGUAUCAGUGCCGAGGACGAUCUUUUGAUACGCAAGGUGAACCAUUUUAAAGACGAAAGUGGUUCGUUGAUAAUCAAUUCUACUGUUUUUCUUGGCCUUCACGACUUCAACAUCACUGCCCUCACCCAGAUGGGAUACAAGCAGUUUCUCACCGGCUCCGAGGAUGGGGUUAUAAAUGUGUGGAAGUACCAUUCAGCAAAGAGUCUUAAUUUUCAAUGUGUUCUUCGGGGCCACAAUACGGAAAUCAAGGCCAUCAAGUACAACCGAAGCCACCGGUUUGGCGUAAGUAUCGAUGCUUCUGGUCUUGCCAUCUGCUGGGAUUUGGUUCGGAACAAGUUUAUUCGGAAGGUGAAAGCAGAAAAUGUGGAGCUCAUUGCUUUGUCUGAAGACAAUGGAAACAUCGCUGCUAUUUGUUCUACAAACGAUAAACAGGUUUUGAAUAUCUACACCAUCAACGGCGAGGAGGUGAUCUCGUACCUGCUUUCACAGAAAGUCACAGCUUUGGCUUUUGCAAGUUCUAAUGGAACAGUGGUUCCGUCGGAUCGUCGGUCGGUGGUGAAUAAUCACAGCUACUGGAAUAACGAAAUUCUAGCUUUAACCCUCACCACCGGACUGUCAACAAGCAUCCAGGUGUUGGAAUUGGUUCCGAAAAUCAACAAUUGGUGCCUCCAAGAGUUGAACCAUGUCGAUAUUUCAGCUACAGAUAUCCAAACCGUGAGUUGCAUAGAACUUCUCAAAAAAACCGAAGUUGAUCCCGACGACCGUCUUUGCCGAGGAAUUCUCCAAUUCGUUAUUGGUGAUGUCUCUGGAAGAGUAUAUGUAUGGUAA